AUGGCUUCCACCACACCCACCCCCUCGAUCCCAACCAUCCCCCCCAAGACCCGACCGAGGCGCGAAUCGCGCUUCACCGAAGGCAGUGCCCUCACCGGGUCCGAAGUCCAUCUCCAAAGCUCGCACGAUAACAGCUUCCUCCUCGCCGUUCUGCAACAAGAAGACGAGCUGCAAGAGCGCAAACGCAAGGCCCGCAGCGACAGCUCCGCCUCCAACGCCUCGACCGACUCCUUCUCCUUCUCGGCUGCCCGUCGACGCUACACGACCCCGGCCUGGCCGUCGAACGGCGGACAGAGUCCGGUGCAGCCGGACUUUGCGGUACCCGACAGCCUGAAGCAUUUCGGCCAACGGACGAUUGCUUUUGGCGUCAGGAGCGAGGAUGCGCUGAGGCGGAGCUUGGAGGAGCGGCCCCGCGAGAUUGCCGAGAGUGUAGAGGGUAUCGCGACGAGGUUCAAGGGACGCUUGCGCGCCUUGACUGCGGGGGGCCGCGACAGGCACAUCAAGCCCUAUCCUGGGACGUGA